AUGCCGAUGCAAACCGACGUUGCAGAGCUCGCUGGAAUCGUUGUCGAGGCCGUAUUGUAUGGGAUCUUUACGGUACUCACAAUCGGCACUCUCUACGUCUUAUUGAGAGGAAAACGAGGUCGUUCGGCACUCAAUCAUCCGCUCAUUUUCACCUCGGUGCUCAUGUUCGUUCUCGCGACGGUCCAGAUAGUCGUUGAUUGCGUGGUUAUCUUCGAUGCCUUCAUUGAAAUCAAUCCGCGUCCGGUCCGGAAGCUCAAGAUGUCGAACAUUCGCAUCCCGAUCGUCGCCGCAAAGCGAGCGUUGUUCUUUGCAAUGAUGAUAUUAGGGGAUGCCAUUGUAAUCUACCGUUGCUGGAUGGUAUGGGGAAAGAAUUGGCUCGUCAUCAUCCUGUCUUCCUUUUGUUGCAUUGCCAGCGGCACUCUGGCCUAUAUGACCAUCUACGCGACACAGCACGCGGGAAGCCUUACGGAUAUCUUGAAACACCCUUGGGUCUAUGGGACGGCCAUCUUCACGCUUUCCAUCAUUGCGAACGGCAUUGCAACUUCAUUGAUAGCAUUCCGCAUAUGGAGAAACGAGAGAAAGCUUGUCCUCCCGUCAGUUAGCACCAAGUCCACCAGCGGGCUUAGCGUCAUUUCGGGGCGAGGCAGUCUCCUUCCCAUCGCCCGGAUUCUUGUGGAGAGCGGAGCCCUCAAUACAGCCUAUUUGAUUGCCUACACUAUCGUCCUGCAGGUAGAGGAAGGUCAGGGAAGCUUGCCGAUUGUGGCUGACAUGUCUACCCCGUUGGUCGGCAUCAUAUUCUCGCUUGUCAUUGUCCGAGUGCAAAUCCGGAGCACCCAAAUUAUGAGACCGUCUACUGAUGGAAGUACCACCGCAGCUAGCCGGACUGGACUCUCCUUUGCGUUCAAUCAAAACCGUAGCGAGCAGCUCAGCGACCAGGACAUGUACGCCUUGGAGGAAAGUAACGCGAGUUUAGAGGGGAAAACGAUCGCCUACACCAAGCAAGUACACAUCCAUGCCGACUUUGAAUUACGCCCAAACGGUAGUUAG